UUGUUUUUCGGAGAAAUGGUUCAGGGAAGAGGCAGUGCAAUUGCAGCGGCGGCGCUGCUCUGUUUGUUGUGUGUCCACCUUGAGUUGGCUCAAGCAGCCACUUACACCGUCGGUGGAACCGGUGGUUGGACCUUUAACUCCGUCAGCUGGACCAAAGGCAAGCGCUUCAAGGCUGGUGACACACUUGUAUUCGAUUACAACCCAUCACUCCACAAUGUGGUAGCCGUAAACAAGGCCGGAUAUAAUUCGUGCACGACACCGAAAGGAGCGAAAGUUUACCGGUCCGGCAAGGAUCGGAUCAAGCUCACAAAAGGCCAAAACUAUUUCAUCUGCAAUGUCGUCGGACACUGCCAAUCCGGAAUGAAAAUUGCAGUCACGGCUGCCUGAUCUGAGGUAGCUAAGCCUUAUCAACAUUACGUAUUAGUGUGGUUUAUAGGCUAUGAUAUGGUAGUUUCGGGGUAAUGCUUUUUUUGCAAUCGUUUUUCUUGUACUCUUUGUAAUACAAUAAACUAUUUUACGUAAAACCGAACCGAUAGUCGAA